AUGGAGACCUUCCGCCCAGCCUUCUCAGAUCGCCCCCGCCCUCUCUUAUCCUACGGCAUUCCCUUCCCCGAAGCCGUCGCCCGCCAUGUUGUCGACACAUUCGAAGCCACGCGCGUUUAUGUCAUAUGCUCUGGCUCGUUGGCCAGGGAUACGGACUCCCUCGGCAGACUUGCCGAGACGCUUGAGAAGGUCAAGGUAUCAAUUGUUGGCAAGAGGAUUGGAAUGAAGCCGCAUACGCUCUGGUCGGAGGUCCUCGAAAUCACAGCGGAUGCUCGAGCUUGUGAAGCCGACUUGAUCCUCACGCUUGGAGGGGGUUCACUGACGGAUGGGGCCAAGGUGGUUGCGUUCGCCCUCGCGAACAACGCCAAAACAUUCGAAGACCUCGAAACGCUUUGCAUGGGCAAGAACCAGGAGCCACCCUCCGCACUAGACCUCAAACCCUCCUCUGUCCCCAUCGUCUCAGUGCCGACGACACUUUCAGCCGGCGAAUACUCUAACUUUGCAGGCGCAACGAACGACAAGACGCAGCGGAAACACUCCUUCCAAACGCCUUUGCGUGGACCGCAAUUGGUUGUCCUCGACCCCCAGCUUGUUGCAUCCACCACCCCGGAAUCGGUAUGGCUGAGCACGGGCGUACGUGCGGUAGACCACUGUGUUGAGACGUACUGCGCCACGCAGGGAACAACAGAGGAGACGGAUGCUCUGGCGCUCAAGGCGCUGGCGAAUCUUGUUCCCGGGCUCGUGAGGUCACGACGUGAUCCAGAAGGGAAGGAUCUCGAUGCGCGCCUAAUCUGUCAGCUUGGAUCUGUUGAUGCCAUGGCAGCUUGCACGAGUGGGCGAGUCCAGUUGGGAGCUAGCCAUGGUAUUGGACACCAGCUCGGCCCCCUUGGCGUUGGCCACGGCGAAACAAGCUGCAUCCUCCUCCCAGCCGUCUGCAAAUUCAACGCGCGCCACAACGCCAACGUCGACCGCCAAACACGCCUGCGCGACUUCCUCCUCAAGCAGGAGAUCGUCACAAACGUGCUCGAAUCCCGUGGCCUGAAGAAGGAAGACGUUGACCUGGGCGAUGUGCUCGACGCAGUGAUUCGGGAGCUCGGCAUGCCACGGUCACUCGGGGAUGUUGGGGUUGGACGUGAUAAGCUGGAUGGACUCGCGCAGAAUAGUCUGCAUGACCGGUGGUGCCGCACGAAUCCGGUGCCCUUGAACGAGAAAGGGCAGGUUUUGGAGAUUUUGGAGAUGGUUGUUUAG